CAAACUAAUUUGACAUAAAAUUUCAGUUAUGCGAAUUUGAAUUUUAAACUAACCAAACCUUGUCGUCAAAUCUAAUAUAAACAAGGAGGUGGUUUUGAAUAAAUAAGAAAAUGUUUCCAGUAAAAAUUAUGAUUCCCUGAAAAAAACAUGACUUAUUAUUUAUAAAUUUGUCGAAAUAAUGGACGUUGAUCUUGAUCAAACAGCAUCUCUUUGCCAAAAUGUUGAAACAAAAGGGUUUGAUAUGCUGGCAGGCCAAACAUGGAUCUACCCAACGAACUACCCGGUUAGAGAAUAUCAGUUUAAUAUAGUUCAAAAUUCACUGUUCAAGAACACAUUGGCAAGUAUUCGACCAGAUGUUUAUAAAGUACUAUUUAACAUUAACAUGUUGCUCUAGGUAAGCCUGCCAACAGGGCUAGGAAAAACAUUCAUAGCAGCAGUUGUGAUGUUUAAUUUCUACAGGUGGUAUCCAACAGGAAAAAUUGUAUUUAUGGCGCCGACAAGACCUUUAGUGAAGCAGCAGAUGGAUGCCUGCUACGAUAUCAUGGGUAUUCCAAAAGAAAAUACAGCAGAACUAAUAGGAUCCAAUAUGUCAGCUUCGAGAGAAAACCUAUGGAAUGAGAAAAGAGUAUUUUUCAUCACACCCCAAAUCUUGCAGAAUGAUUUGGAUAAAAUUGUAACGCUUAGCUCUUCAAUUAAAUGUCUUGUUUUUGAUGAGGCUCACAAAGCUAGGGGAAACCAUGCGUAUUGUGAAGUUAUCAGAAAAAUGUGUGGGACAAACAAGUACUUUCGAGUACUGGCUUUGAGUGCUACUCCAGGAAGUCAUGUAGAAGAUGUCCUAGAGGUUGUUCAAAACCUGAUGAUAUCUCAUUUAGAGUUCAGAACUGAAGAAAGCUUAGACGUCAAUAAAUAUGUGUUCAAAAGGAAUCUAACAACAGUAGUGGUUCCACUUGGUGAUAAAUUACAAGAAGUUGUAAAUGAAUAUUUGAAGAUCUUAGAGAUAAAUACCAGAACUUUAAUGAAAUACAAGGUUUUCCAAGGGAGUUGUGGUAGCUUAACCAAAGGAAAAAUUUUCAUGACUAUGAAACAAUAUCAACAAAAUAGAAGUAGUGGAAAUGCAAACUAUGGGGAAAUAAUGAAGUGUUUCAAUAUAUGCAUGACAUUAUACCAUGCCUGGGAGCUGCUAGUGAGACACGGACUAAGAAGCUUCACCUCAUUCUUUGAUGAACACAUUGAUAAACCCACCUUGAGGCACAACAUGAGGCUCAUACAGCUGAUGCAACAUGUGAAAGAAUACUUAGGCCCGCCACCUGUUGUUGAGGACUUGCCCGAUGGAGAAUCCAUCGAGAUAUCUAAAGAUGUGAAAUUCGGCCAUCCGAAAUUCUACAAAUUGCGAGAUAUCUUGUUGACUCAUUUUGGAGAAUCAUCUUCCAGUAGGGUCAUAGUAUUUUUCGAAUAUCGCGAAUCUGUUAUGGAAGCAUAUGCACUUCUGAGACAGUCUGGACCGAUCAUCAGACCUAGAAUUUUCAUAGGUCAGAAGUCUGGGAUAACGCAAAGAAUACAAACUAGCGUUGUGAAAGCGUUUAGGGAAGGACAUUGCAAUACAUUACUUUCGACCAGUAUCGGUGAAGAAGGCUUAGAUGUUGGAGAGGUCGACCUUAUUAUAUGUUUUGAUAUUUCAAACAAAUCUCCAAUUCGUAUGGUACAGAGAAUGGGCAGAACUGGAAGAAAAAAGGAAGGUAGCAUUAUUGUACUCGUAACAGAAGGCAAGGAGCAGCAAACUUUAAAGGAUUGCUUAAUACACAAAAACAACGUCACAUCUCACGUUAUGGGCUCUAGAGAAUUGGCCAGAGGGCUUAGUUCGACAAGUCCCCGGCUUAUACCUGAAGAUCUAACGCCGAAAUGUGAAAAAAUAUUCAUUACUGUGACGAAAGAGCCUUUACCAAAGAAGAAUGUCACGUUGAAGGAUAUGUUCCGUAAAAUCUCUUCUGGUGGAUCCGAGCCAUCAUACUCUCCAAGUCUACAGAUUAUCGAGAUAGAAGAACGGAUAUCAAAGUCAGAAUUUUUACUGGAUAACGGUAUUUCAAAGGGUCCCGAAAUGUCUUUAGUUUGUAAGCAAAUCCAAAAACAAAGGAGUUUCCAAGAUUCUCAUAUAGUGAAGCAUUCCAAAGAAACUGAAUUGUUGGUGAAUUUACUUCAGUUGGCUGAUUCAAAGAAGUUUAACAUUCCUAUGUCUCAAAUAGGAAACUCACAGUCGCAGAAAAAUUUGAAGCAAACUGAUAUCAGAAACAUGUUUUUCAAAAGCGAUAGCUGUAACGAUUUUGUUCUUCCUUCCACACAGGUAUUACAAAAAGCGUCAUCACCUACUCCUGAAGAAAAAACCACGUUUGGCUCAAGAGAAUUAUUCAAUGAACUACUAAACUUCCUGACAAUUCAAUCUUUAGAGUACGACCAACAAUGCAAACUAUGUCCUACCAAUAACUGCGUGGAGCUGUACACAAAUCCAUCCAAAACCGAUACCACAGAAGCCUUAAACUGGAUUGAAUUAGAUGAUUCAGUAUUUACCUCGCUUACUCUGGAGGAUCUCAAAACUUAUGGAAAGAACAUGGAUAAAGCUGAACCCGAUUUCACAUUUAACGAAACUAUGAACUUUGCCCUUGACGAAACACCGCAACUCAAGACUGAAGACGAAAUCCUGGAUGCUAAUGGGAUUGAUAGCAGCAUCUUAGGAGAAUUGGUGGAUAAGUCCUUUGGGUUUCAAGCACCGAACACUUUGGACGCAUUGUUGAAUAAAUUCAGCAACACCAUCGUCGAAGUUGAACAAUCUCAAAAAACAAACUUGUCUGUGCCAGAAACUCGAGAAUCUGUUUUAAGUUUCUUCAAAAUCGAGAAAUUGACCGAUCUUUUCGGAAAUUCUAACAUCAGUGAUUCACAAGAGACUUUGUUGUAUUCACCUGAAAUUUUUGAUGUUAGUACUCCUCCUCCUAUGAAACCUCCUGUUAGUAAUAAUGAUUCAGGCUCUCCUAUACUGUGCACUUUUAAUCGAAAUUUAACUCUCCGAAAGAAAGAACAGACCCAGAGGAAGCUAUUCCUUUCUGAAGACAAAAACAUGGCGACUUCUAGCACACCGUUUCAGAAAAACUGUGACCCCGCAACGAAUAUUGCAGAUGACAUUGAACUUAGUAGUUUUUGCGAUCUAUCGUACUUGGGUUUCAAAGCUUCGCCGAAGAAGACUGCAGUUACUAGUACGCAAGUUGGAAGAGACGAGUCGAAGUUGGAUUCGUUAGAUAAGUUUGCGGAUCUUCUAGAUGAUUCGGAGUUUGAAUGGUUGAAAUCUUCUGUGAAGGACAAGAAGAACUCAGUUAGUAAAAGGUUCGAUAAUGACGAAAAAACUUGCAAUAUUAAUCCACAAGUUCAACCAAGAACUCAAGUAGAUGAUAAUAUAAAUAAUGAAGCCUUGAAACAUGGUAAAGAAAAAUCAAUGACAGAAGUGAUGAAGAACAACAGCUCUAGGUCGAAGGCUGGCGAUAGACCGAAGAAGAAAGUGACCCAUCCCAGUUCUGAAUCACCAGUUGAAGAAAAAGAAGAUCUCAUAUCUUCAAAGUUUGAGACGGCCAAAGAGGAACCAAUAACUAUCAGUGACGAUGAAGAAGAAAUCGAACCCACUACAGAUUUAGUGAAAAGGGCAACCGAUAUUCAAAAAUUAGACGACUCAAAUAUUAAAUCGUUCGAAAACAAGGAGAAGAUGAUCACCUCUAAAUCAAAAGACAAUAAAAAAGGAGUUGAAACUAGUAUAAAAGUUGAUGCGUGUAAAGAACUUGAUGAUUUUGAAUGGGUGAAACCAAAAGCGGUAGAAAAGGAUACUGUUUCGACCAAUACAAACAAUGAUACUUUAGACGUUUUGGAUGUAUCCGACAUUUUUGAUACAAGUGACUUUAUCUUAACUAACGAUAGGAGAUCGAAAAAUGUCACUCAAUAUGACACUUCACAAGCUACCGUUACUCAAUUGCUAUCUUUGAUAAACAAACCUGGAGGCGCAAAGAGUGUCGAUGAGUCUUCUCAAAAAGAAAAUAUAAACACAGAGAAGAUACAAGAAAAUAUAGAGGGUAAAAACACGUCACAUAUUUUGAGUUUAGUAAAUGUCAAUUCUCCUAAUAGAGAUCGAUUUGCGACAUCACCGGAUCUAGUCAAAAAAUACGUUUCAAAUAAAAAUGUCAAAUCCAAAGCGAAUUUGUAUGCGAUUGACAGUCAAGAUGAUUUUGAAGUGUUUGAAUUGAAGCGGAGCGAUCUUAAAAAGGUUUCAAGAGAGUCAUCGGUUCAUAAUAGCAGAAUCUCUCCUAAAAGCGCUUGUACAACCUCGUUGGAUCUGCACUUGAGCGAUAGCGAUCAGUUAGAGCCGAAUUUGGACGAGUCUAUAAGGAAUCUGUCGCAUAGUAUGUUGGCACAAUUGGUGGAUAGCGAUGAAGAGUUCGAGACUAAACCUCCGGAUACAGGGUGGAUCAGGGCGAAAGGACGUAGUGAGAAAAGAAAGGAAGUGUCACCGAAGAUGAACGUUGGCAAGAAAAUGAGGAAAGAUGUGUCAAAACCGCCGGUUCGGAAAAAGACGAAGAGAAGGAACGAAUUUAUAGAAGACGAAGCCCAGUUAUCAGAAGAUAGUAACUAUGCAAUUUCCGACGAUGAAAGAGACGGAUUAUCGCAAGAUUGUUACGAUGAAAGUUUCGUAGCGCAUGAAACAAUUCAUAAUGAUACACAAAUGCAUGCAAAAUAUCUGCAAUCUGUAAGGUCUGUGAACCGAGGCAGGUUUAAAAUGCCUAACAAGCCACCUCCAUUUAGAGGAGAUAUUUUCUCCCAAACGGUGGUACAAGAUGAUACAUAUGCAGACCUUGAUGACUCUUUUGUUGUGGAAGGAGAUGAAGUUGAAGAAAUCGAGGAACUUUCACAGCUAGAGAUUUUAGAACGGCAACUUGAGAUGCAAAGAAAAGCCAGGAAGAAAUCAAAGGCAGAAACGAAACCUAUAAAAAGGAGGCGGGUUAUCAGUUCAAGUGACAGUGAAUGAUUGAUACCAGUCAAAUAAUUCGUAUUAAAUCGCAUUUAUUUUAUAUGCAUUAUUAAAUUUCUAAUUUUAGAUAUGUAAUCUCAGAUACUUUGAAGCUGUGAUAGAUAUUUUUUUAAGGCGCCACUGAUU